AAAAUAAAAGUCUUGACAACACUGCAUUAUCUGUCAAAAACGUAAACAACUUUUUAGGUUAUGGUUGUUUUGAAAUCGCCAAUUUAACCAAUUUUAACAGAAAAUAAACGCCUUAAAGUUUAAAUUAAGCAUGGGGGUGACAAUUCUGCACCAAUUUCCCGUAGAAAAUCGCACAGGACCGGCUGUAAUCGAAUUAUUAACGAAAAGAAUAGCUGCAUUGGGGGCUGUCCAACACGGGCAAUUUUUGGUGGAUUGCGAGACUUAUUCUUCGGUUCCGCAGCUGGGACAUCAAAGAACAGUGCACGUCUUGCAUAAUUCCGAGCAGCCAGCCACAGUUUUUUCGUUAUUAGAGACAGGAACAAAAACUAUACCUUUAGCAACCGAUGGCUUAUUUGACUUGUUAAUGAUGAAAAUGUCGAGUUUUUAUACGUCAAAGAAACAAACGAAGGCAGAAUCUAAAGGGCCGCGAUUUGAAAUUGGGGAUUUCUGCGUUAAAUUAGGUACAGUUACAGUAAGUUCAAAUUUUAAGGGAAUCCUGGUUGAAGUUGAAUAUAGACCCUGCAUUGUGCCGCAAAUGUGUUGGGAGUUGAUGAAAGAGUUUCUGCAAGGUUUUUUGGGGUCUUCAGUGCUUAGUAACCCACCUGUUUACUUCCAAAACAAGAUGAACGAUGUUUAUACACCCAUUGAUACUAUACAUCAAUAUUUGGAACACUUUACCAUUUUUAGAAAAAGCCCUGCUGGUAUUAGGACUUAAUUAGGACAUAAAUACCUAUUAUACAUAAUUUAAGAGCUAUUUAUAAGUUAAUACUGUAUUUUUUUUUAAUGUAAUAAAAC